AUGGCUAAAAGCGAACAAAUCACAGAUAUCAAUAAUUUUAAAAGAGACCCACCAAUCAGACCGGAGCCAAUUCUAGCAUCAUACCAAUCUGCAUUUGAAACAAUAUCAAGCGUCACUUCUCAACGAUCCAUUGAUAUAUAUGCACUCGACAUAUCUUCGAUAAAAGGCCGAUUCGCAUGGGAAAAAAUAGCGAUUGGCGACACCUACAUGCCCGUUAUUUUUCGUGGCACUACAAAAUUUUUUUGUGUUGCAAUGGUUCAUAACUUACUCGCUGAAUAUCCGAAAGAUAUCAUUCGUCGAGCAUCAAAUUAUCAGUAUCAAAGGCCAAUUGUUUUAUAUGCACCAACUGCAGACGAAAUAGUACUACUGAAUAAGAUAAAUUCUCAACAUUGUAAUUGGGCAUUUUCAAGCAGCCCAUUUAAUUUCACUGAUGAACUUGUACGCGUUGCUGAGUUUCUUCCAUUUUAUGAAUAUCUUAAUGUGUCUGCUAAAACAACACCUGGUUCACAAUCGACAUCAGAAAUACAACAGGCAAUAAAACCGUUACCAGCUUUUCAUUCUAGUAUGUCUGAUUCUCUUCAUGAACGUCUAAAUCCGCCAGUUGUCACAAAAUCAGUUCCGAUAAAUCGAUUUAGUGCAUCAGAAUUACCUCGCAAUGAGAAGACUUCAUCAGCUGAGAUACGAAUCGAGCCGACAACAUCUGCACCAUAUCCUUCGCAACUACCGAAACAUGAUGAGCCACCCUUGACAUUACUACGACAGAUUUCACAGAAUCCCUCUAUGCAAUCACAACAAAACAAAUUAACUCCACUACCUAACAAACAGCAAAGAGUAAUCUCGUCAAAAGCUAUUAUUAAUUCAACAAAUACAGUACUUCUAAAUAAAUCUUCUACUGCGCUUGUUGUAAUGUCUUCAUCUCAAUUGCCAACGUCCACUGUACCAAUGGAAGUGAUCAAUACUUCAACUUCAGAUCCUAUUAGUUCAUCGUCGAAAGUAGCCAGUGGUCAAAAGCUAUCAACACUCUCAUCUGAAAAACAGUUCACGCCAAUAUCUAGAAGUUCAUCAUCAUCAUCUUCCUCGUCAACAUUGAAAACAACUCAUCUAAGUUCUGGUUGGUUACAAAUCAAUAAACUUUAUACGCCUUAUGUAUCAUCAACUACAUCAAAUCACCAUUUAUAUAAAAUUCCUAUUAGUCUACUGACAUUUUAUGAUCUUCUUAAAACUCAAACGCCUGAACCUAAUGCAAAUGAAUCCAAAGAUGUGUCAACCACGUUCGAGCAAACACUUGUUACACCUCAAGAAAUUGAACUUAUCAAUGAACUUUGUUUAAAACAAAGUAUUAAACCAUUUUCUAUUGAUAUAAAACUCAUGGAUCUAUUGACGUUCUAUAAAUAUUGUUCAACUAAUAUACUUUUCAUUAAGGAACUACCUUUAAAUGAACCGAAAGCAUCUAUUUGUAAAGAAUGGGCAUCGAUUGCACAAAUUAAUGGUGGUAUUUGUCGUUUACGUAAUAUAACAACAUUACAUGAACAAACUGUACCAUUUAUCGGAAAUAGUUUAUUAAAGAAUUUUAUUAUUUCAUCUCAAUGUUUAUCAUCGGCAGUGUUAACAAUACCGACAAAAUUUGAAAUGGAAUUUCUUCAAUUAAUUCUAUUCUUCAGUAACACGUCAAUAGAUUUACAAAAUUCUAAAUUAAUUGAUAUUGAAUCUGUACGAAAAGAAUACACAGUUGAUUUAAUACUUUUAUUCAAUGAUAAAUUUCCAUUAAAUGUUCUUAAUUAUCAACAUCAGACUAAAGAACCAUCAACUUCCCAACGACAAUCUAUUCAGUCAGAUUCUUUGGCAGCAACAAACACAUUUGCGGAAUCAACACCUCCGCCAUCACCAAUAUCACUAGGAACAAAUAAUACUUCUACAACUUCAACAUCUCAAUUACCCUUAACAUCAACGUCAUCCAAUCCAACUAAUCGUUAUCAAAAACAAAUUAUGUUCCAUGGUCAUUCAAUGACAGCAUAUAUAUGUUCGGGUCUUGAAUCCAAUACUCAACGCCAAUGCAUUUCAGUGAAAGCAGUGUGUAAUAUGCUUUAUCCCAAUUCAUCAAUGCUGGAUAAACUUGAAGUACAAAUGCUUCGUUUAUUACGAAUGAAAAAAAUCAAUCGAUUUCGACCACAAAAUCAACAAUCAAUAGGUUUUACACGUUUGGUUAAUAUUCAAGAUAUUGAAAAUCAUUGGGAUUAUAUUGAAAAAGGAAUGCAUUCAUUAUCAAAUAACAAUGACAAGGUAGAAUUUGUACAAAUUACUCCGCCAUUACCCGAUAAAGACUUAAAGGCAAGUACAGCAGAUACAAUAGAAAACAAUAGUAAUAGUAAUAAUUUUCAGCAAGAAAAUUCGAUUGAAGUAAAUCGAAACGAUAAAAGACCAUUGGAGAGUGCUACGGAAGAAGAUACACAUCUUUUCAAACGAAUCUAUAAACGUGGACAAACUUCACCGAAUGAUAGUAAUGAACAAUCAAAUUUGUUAUUAACGGAUUCAACUGAACAUAUUGAUCAAACCGCACAGGACAAAAAUGACGACGAUAACAAACCUGAAAAUCGCGCAAUGACGAGUUCUACUGUGAAUACUAUUCGUCUAUUAAACGAUCAGCCAAUUAAAAAGAAAAUCUUUUCGCAACGAAAUGAGCGAAUACCAAGUAAUUUAUCUUUAUCAUCGCGGAAACAAAUGACUCCCAUAAAAAAGAAGAUAAAACUUGUUCGAAAAAGACGAACUCCAGGCACGCGAACACGAAAACAAUCAAUAGCGACUUGGUUUAAAAAAUAUAAGAUUGAAGAUUUUUCUAUUUGCCUGGAUUUUUAUAAUCCUUUGACUGAAACUUAA